CGCCGAUUGGUCGUGACGUCACCGCGAUUCGCGUGCGAUGUGAGUGAGAGGGCACUAUAUUCGCGUUUCGUCACUUCGUGCUGCGGUGCUGCACUUUCGCAUUUUCUGCACUCGAACUGAAACAUUCGACCAACCGGUUAGAUGGAAAGAAAGGGCGAAUAAUUCGGAAAGUUCAGCUUGAGAAACGGGAACCAUGACGGAACUAAACGGAGCAGCGGUUCUAUUUACUUUGCGAUCGCCAUGUUUACUCCAACAAAGUUCCGUGGAUAUUUAUACCGAGGAAAACACAGAUUUAUCGCUCGGCGCGUAAAAAACGAAAGAGAAGUAUCUUUUUCGCGGCACCCAUGAGUGUCCGAUGACGAAAAGUGGAUUAUCGCUCCGACGAGCUGGUUAUUCAUCGUCACGCGGAUGAACCGAUAUCGUAAGUCCGGCUAACCUUUCGAGGACGUCACGGAAAAGGGACCGAGGCGGAAUGGCGCCACGCAGGGAGGCGAGACCUAACCUCAAUGCUGGCAGAUCUUCGAGGAGGAGCAACAAGAGCUGGCUGGAGAAUCACGUGGAAUCACGGCGGCAGCUCGUCUCUUUCCUCACCGAUCCGAAAAAACUGUCUUUAACGGCGGAACUGUUCGUCGUCCUGGAAAUCGUCUUGAAUGUAGUGGUCAUCCAGACAGUGCCGUACACUGAAAUUGAUUGGAAGGCCUAUAUGCAAGAAGUCGAGGGAUUCCUGAACGGCACGUCGGACUACUCGAAACUGCGAGGUGACACUGGGCCACUGGUCUACCCUGCUGGCUUUGUCUACGUUUUUUCCAGCCUCUAUUACAUAACUUUUCGUGGCGUCAACGUAAGGAUAGCACAGUACGUCUUUGCGGCGUUGUACGUGAUCACGCUGAUGCUAGUCUUCCGGAUUUAUGCACGGACCAAGAAAGUACCGCCCUACGUCCUUAUCUUGAUGUGCUGCACCUCCUACAGAAUACACUCGAUAUUCGUUUUGAGGCUCUUCAAUGAUCCAGUGGCAAUGGUGCUGCUAUACGCAUCUAUCAACUCAUUCUUGGACAAUCGCUGGUACUUGGGUAGCGCGUUAUACAGCCUUGCUGUGUCCAUCAAGAUGAACAUACUGCUGUUUGCUCCGGCGCUUCUUAUCGCUUACCUAUGCGUGCUAGGAACGUUCAAAACACUGAUACAUUUGUCUAUCUGCGCAUUAAUACAGCUGAUUCUUGGUCUUCCGUUCUUGCUAGAGAAUCCGAUCGCUUAUAUAAAGGGCGCUUUCAAUUUGGGUAGAAUCUUCGAGUUCAGGUGGACUGUAAAUUGGAGGUUCUUGCCAGAAGAGGUAUUCGUACAUCCGUAUUUGCACGUUUCUCUGUUACUUCUACAUGUGUUAACGCUGCUGUAUUGCGCGCCCAUUUGGAUCAGCUACAUGAAGUCGUACGCGAAGUUAAAACACGUAGGAAAGGAACUGAAGUCUCAACUUCGUAAGAAAGAGAAGGUAGAUAUGUCUACUGUAAGUCAGUUAUUCGUCUAUCCUCUUUUCGUUGCGAAUUUUAUCGGCGUUAUGUUCAGCAGAUCGUUGCAUUAUCAAUUCUAUAUAUGGUACUAUCACAUGUUACCGUACAUCGCGUGGUGCACCGACUACAAAACUAUCUUUAAAUUGACCAUUUUAGGCGUGAUAGAAUUGUGCUGGAACACAUAUCCGAGUACGGUGUUCAGUAGCGCGGCGUUGCAUUUAUGCCACAUAAUUUUGCUAUACGGCAUUCUAAAAAAUAGAUCGAAUAACGCGAAAGAGAAAUGAAGGCUGACGCAUUUCGGUCUCAAUUAUAUGUAAUAUAUAAAGUUGAAUACAUAUUCAUAUCGUGUAUCUUUCCAUCCGAUGUUACUUAAUAUCCAUCGUCCCGAUACUAUGUAAUCUAAUUGUCCGUUUAUAAUUUAAUAAUUUGCAUAAUAUUCUAGUCUGUAUUUACAAACGAAUAUGUAUUUAUAUG